GGGAAGUAAAUAAGAUUUUAUGCCUUGGAGAAUUUGGGUACAGGGGAUCCCCCCCCCCCGUCCGUUCCCCCCUCCCGCUAUUGACUUGGAGCUGCUUGCAAACUUCCCUGCUUUCACUGUAGAGUGGACUUCUCUAGCAGAACUCUCCAAGUAAACACUAAGAGAUUCUCCCCUCCCAAGAGGCUCAAUUAGCACAAGGCAGGAGGGUGAGAAGAAAGACCCUCAGACUUCUGGCAAGCAGACGGCACAGUCCUCAGGUUGGCAGAAAACAAAAAGCUUCCUGCCUGGACCAUUUGAUCCACUUUUCACACAAGGCGAACCUGCCGUAUAACUGAAAGCAGUUUAUUAGGUAAAUUAGGACACUCCCUUUGGCUAAGCGAUUCGUUCAUCUCCUUCACGAAGUCACAAGCCAGAGAUCCAUGGUAUCCAAAGGUCCUAUGGUUCUACAUCGCUUUGCAAUCCAGCUCCUACUACUGAAAUCUUUCCAGCUCCAGCAGGCUUAAGAGAAUUAGUCUCAUUUUCCCUUCCUCCACACUGUGAAGAGGGAAUUUAUCUUUUUUUUUUGGAUUAAGAAGGAGUCAAGAAGGAUUUUUUUUUAACCCUCCUGGUGAUUUCUUCUUGGGGACUUGAAAGACACAAUGACUUUCGCCGAAUUCUUGGACCAAGUUGGUGGCAUGGGCCGCUUCCAGUUUAUCCACACGAUGCUCCUCACUAUCCCUAUUGUUUUGAUGGCCAGCCACAACCUCCUCCAGAACUUCACAGCUGCCAUCCCAAGGCAUCACUGCCGGGUCCACAUCACUGCCAAUGGCAGCGGGUCUCCGAAUGCCACUCAUUUGCUAGGAGCCAGCGACCUUCUCAAGGCUGGCAUCCCCAUGGACAGCAAUCAACAGCUGGAAAAAUGUCAGCGUUUUGUGGACACCCAGUGGCAUCUUCUGAGCCCCAACAGCACUGAGGCCAAUGAGACAACAAUGACUACAGAGCCUUGUACCGAUGGAUGGGUAUAUGACAAAACCCAGUAUUCUUCCACAAUCAUAACUGAGUGGGAUCUUGUCUGUGAUUCACGGAAGCUUCGGGAGAUGGCCCAGUCUAUCUACAUGGCUGGUGUGCUGGUUGGAGCUCUGGUUCUGGGCAGACUGGCUGAUAGGUUUGGCCGCAAAGCUCUCCUCAUUUGGUCCUUCCUGCAAAUGGCAGUCAUGGGGACCUGUGCGGCCUUCUCGCCCAACUUUGUGUCCUACUGCAUCUUCCGGUUCCUGAGCGGUAUGGCACUCUCCGGCUUUGGCCUCAGCAUCGCCUGCUUGGUUGUGGAGUGGAUUCCCACCCAGCACCGGACCAUCACCAUAGCGGUCACUGGCUUUGUAUAUACAGCAGGUCAGAUCCUCCUGGCUGGCUUGGCCUACGGAAUCCCAGACUGGCGCUGGCUACAGUUGGCUGUGUCAGUGCCCUUCUUCUUCUUCCUUCUUUACUCAUGGUGGUUUGCCGAGUCGGCUCGCUGGCUACUUUUGUCAGGGAAGUCUGGCAAGGCUGUCAAAGUCCUCCAGAGAGUUGCCCGGGUCAAUGGAAAGCAGCAGGCCGGAGCUGAGAUCACCACUGAAGUGCUGCUUUCCAACAUGGAGAAGGAACUGUCUUCCACUAAGUCCUCUUACUCCUUGUCGGACUUGGUGCGCACGCCGGCCAUCCGACGCAUUACCUUCUGCCUCUGCUUGUUGUGGUUUUCCGUCAGUUUUUCAUACUACGGGUUGGCCAUGGACCUCCAGAAUUUUGGUGUUAGCAUCUAUCUCAUCCAGGUGAUCUUUGGGGCUGUUGACUUUCCAGCCAAGGUGGUUGUGACCAUUACCAUGAGCUACCUCGGGCGAAGGAUCAGCGUCAUGGCCUUCCUCAUCCUAGCUGGCCUCAUCAUCAUCGCUAACAUAUUUGUGCCCCCAGCGUUACAGACGAUUCGGACAUCAUUAGCAGUCAUUGGGAAAGGGUGCCUUGCAGCGGCCUUCAAUUGUACCUUCCUUUUCACCACAGAACUCUACCCCACACCCAUCAGGCAGACUGGGCUAGGUUUGGGUAGCACCAUGGCCCGGGUGGGAGGCAUCAUUGCCCCGCUGGCUAAGAUGAUGGAGGAGUACUUUUCCCUCCUGCCACCGAUCGUGUACGGAGCAGCUCCCAUUAUUUCUGGCAUUGUUGCCAGCUUUCUGCCGGAGACGCUGAAUAUCCCACUACCGGAUACCAUUGAAGAAAUGGAGAACAGAUCCAGGAAGAAGAAGCAAGAGGCAGCCACCCAUGAGAAGAUUCUGCUCCAGAGCCAGGAGAGGCCCCUGUUCAAAGACGCCUGCUGAUCAGUCCACGCAGGCCUUGGCUGUGCCUGGAAACACAGGCCUUUGAAAUAUUCUGCUGCCAGCUCUUUCGGACUCAUCCAAAGAGUUCCUUACAAAGGAAAUAUGCGGUGGAGGCUGGAGAAGACGGUGUAAAAUCUCUGUAUAUUCUGAACUUUUCGUUUUAAAAAAAGAGAGCAUCUUGUUACCUGUUGUUGGUUUUUUCCUGUCAUUCGGGGGGCAUGGGCAGAACUUCAUUUGAGCUUUUUUCUGGCUUCCAGGAAGACUGAGUGCACGAAUAAUAAAGGCAACCUCUGAGCAUGUACAAAGCAUAUUUCCUCAUAGAUGAGGAGCCUCAGCUUACUUCCUGAACAUACAAAAUCAGCAUCCACACGACAGUGCUAAAAUGUACCUCUGUUGUAGCAGCAGAAGACAGUGAUAGGAGAAAAGGCAGGAAAGGCAUCCGCACACAACCUGUUCUCAGCCAGUUUCCUGCUGCGACCAUUCCUCGUCCUGCCUCUCUUUUCCUUCGUACUCGUGCAAAAGUGUAGACAUCACAGCAAUUUCACUCAGACACCCCACCCCACAUACAGCUCAGAUAUAUCCUCUUUCUCUGAUUAUCCCUUUCCAUAGUGAUCUGUGCUGUAAUGUUACAGCAUGGCUAUUGUCAGGGAAAAGGAAAACAGCUCUUUAAAGUACUAAAAGGGGAUGUGAAGAUCUUCAUUAUACCUCCACCUCCCCCAGGAAGCUGCUACAGGGGAGCAGCAAGGCUCAUGCUACAUUUGCAGCUGCCCUCCAUUUCCCCUUUAUCUGGGAAGAAAUGAGAUUUAUAAUUUAUCUGGACUGAAGGGGGUAAAUGGGAGCUGAUGUCCAAAGACUGGGCAUGAUGCUGGCAGCUCUUUACUGUUGGGGCAUCCUACUGUCCAUGAAGGGAAAAAUCCACACACAAAAGCAAAAAUCCACACAUGGAAGCAGCCAAAAGUACCUAUACUUUUAACAGACGCAAAAUAAUGUGUUUUCAAACCACUUUCACAACUGUUCGCAAGUGGAUUUUGCUAUUCUGCACAGCUUCAAAGAGCAUUGAAAGCAGUUUGAAAGUGCAUUAUUCUGCAUGUGCAGAAUGAGCCAAAGUUUCUGGAAGACCCAAAGGGAAUAGCUUUCCAGGUUCAUGGGAAGGGAGCCACGUUAGUACCUAUAUAGUGCUCCUCGAAGGCCCCUUCCGCACAUGCAGAAUAAUGCACUUUCAAUCCACUUUCACAAUUGUUUGCAAGUGGGUUUUGCUUUUCCGCACAGUAAAAUCCAGCUACAAAGGGCAUUGAAAGUGGAUUGAAAGUGCAUUAUUCUGCAUGUGAGGAAGGGGCCUAAGAGACAGGCUAGUAGUGAAAGCAGGUUUUGUUUGACUGAGAUCUUUAUUUUUAUUUUUUCCAGUGCCCAGUUUCAGCCUGCAAUAAAGAUUGUGCUAAUUACUUACUAUGUCCAGGAUAUGUGUUCUCAGUUUUAUCUGAACUCAGUUUUGUCUGAACCCAAGAACUCAGGACAGGCAAAUAACAGACAAGUUUUCCCCUUCCUUUGGUCUCAACUUCUUGCCAUUGCCCUGAAAUGAGAGCUAGAGUGAUAAAGCAAUUACAUGUGGGCAGGGAAGGUGGAGGUUCUCUCUUGUUUUCCUUACAUUUAGUGGUCCCAGGCAGCUUCUGUUUGCCUCUGGGCAAACUUAUGUGUACUGAUGGGUCAAGCAAGUAUUUAACAUGCAAUAAAGAAGAAUCAAUGAAA